CAUAUUUGAUUUGCAUGAAUAAUUUGCAAAUCUUGAAGAUUUACAAAGUGUGUGAUUUUUAUAUGUGUUCACGGUGUUAAAUAAUAAAAAGUUGACCAAACAGACAAAAACACUGUGAAUUGUGUGAACUGUGAACUGUGAACUGUGCACGUUGUGAAUUGUGAACUGCAUUCCAAAGCGGCGCUCACAAGGUGGAGCCGAACAGUUGGCAGUUCGUGUCAGUUCGUCUCGUCUCUGGCCACUGGUGUGUGUUUAUUUAACACAGUUACUCGUGUCACCACAGCUCAGUUCGUAUUUGCAGCUCGUGCCGUGCAUUACGUACGUUAAGACCCAAGCGACGCACACACGCACAGUUUGUUUGCCAAAUCCUCAAGAAUUGCGUGUCUCUCGACUCGAAAACAAUGUGAAAACACUCCAGAGAAAGAGAGACAGACAGAGAGAGCGAGAGAGAGAGAGAGAGAGAAAGAGAUCAAGAAAUAUCCAAAACAGAUCAGUAUUUUGUCAAGCUCAAUGUUAAACGCCGCGCUGCUCGCAACGCGUUCGCCAAUUUUACAACAUUUUUGUUGGCAUUAAUUCACGAUCCAUACGCGUGUUGUGUUUGAGUGUGUGUGUGUGAGAGUGUGAGUGAGUGUGUGUGAGUGUGUGCAUACAUAGCUAUCAGCCAGGACCAAGGAGCAGCAGCAGCAGCAGCAUGUGCUCCUCGAGGCUGCUCAGCUUUUGGCUUGUCGCGCUCGGCGCGCAAAUAAUUUAUGUGGAUUAUGCUCGGGCGGAUUAUGAGAACACUUGGAAUUUAUAUUACGAGCCACCUUGUUGCACGGGCGCAGCAGCUGUUGGCCAUCACUUGCGCCACCACAAAGAGCAUGUCAAGGACUUCAGUUGUGGCCCGCUGCACUACAAAACCUUUUAUAUGGAUGAGCGCAACAAUGCGUUAUAUGUUGGUGCCAUGGAUCGCAUUUUUCGCUUAAAUCUGCGCAACAUCAGCCAAUCGAUAUGCGAGCGCGAUGUUCUAAUACUGGAACCCACUGGCUCCGACAUACUCAACUGUGUGUCGAAGGGCAAGCGAGAGAAGGUGGAGUGCCGCAAUCAUAUACGCGUCAUUCAGCCCAUGAACUUCAAUGGCCAUCGGCUCUAUGUCUGCGGCACAAAUGCACACAACCCCAAGGACUAUGUUAUAAAUGCGAACUUAACACAUUUACCCAGAUCCCAGUACGUGCCCGGCAUUGGGUUGGGCAUUGGGAAGUGUCCCUACGAUCCCGCUGACAACUCAACCGCCGUCUAUGUGGAAAACGGAAAUCCCUUUGGUUUGCCAGCGCUGUACGCCGGAACCAAUGCGGAAUUUACCAAAGCCGAUUCGGUUAUAUUCCGCUCGGACCUCUAUAACUUUACCAACGGACGCAAGGAGGCGAAUUUCAAGCGCACCGUUAAAUACGACUCCAAAUUACUAGACAAACCAAACUUUGUUGGCUCUUUCGACAUUGGCGACUUUGUGUACUUCUUCUUUCGCGAGCACGCCGUGGAGUAUAUCAACUGCGGCAAGGCGGUCUAUUCGCGUGUGGCACGCGUUUGCAAGAACGAUCGCGGUGGCAAGUACAUGAUCAGCCAGAACUGGGCCACAUAUCUGAAGGCGCGCAUGAACUGCAGCAUCUCGAGCGAAUUUCCCUUCUACUUCAACGAAAUACAAUCCGUCUACAAGAUGCCCAACGAUGAUAGCAAGUUCUAUGCCACGUUUACAACGAAUACAAACGGACUGAUUGGCUCCGCAGUCUGCAGCUACGAUAUACGGGAUAUCAAUGCCGCCUUUGAAGGCAAGUUUAAAGAGCAGGCGACAUCGAACAGUGCCUGGCUGCCCGUGUUGAACUCAAAAGUGCCGGAACCACGUCCGGGUACAUGCCACAACGAUACCGCAACGCUGCCGGACUCGGUGUUGAAUUUCAUACGCAAACAUCCGCUAAUGGACAAGGCGGUCGAUCAUGAAUUUGGCAAUCCGGUAUUCUACAAACGGGACGUUAUACUCACCCGCCUCGUCGUCGACAAAAUACGCAUUGAUAAACUGAACCAGGAGUUUUUGGUGUACUUUGUGGCCACAAGCACUGGCCAAAUCUACAAGAUAGUGCAAUUCAUGCACUAUGGCCAACGUCACUCGAAUCUGGUGGACGUUUUUGAUGCAUCGCCACGCAAUGAACCCAUUCGGGAGCUGACCCUCAGCCAGAAGACUGCCUCGCUGUAUUUGGCCACCGAUCAUCAGGUGAAGCAAAUUGAUCUGGCCAUGUGUGCUCGACGCUAUGACAGCUGUUUCCGUUGUGUGGCUGAUCCGUACUGUGGCUGGGACAAGGAGGUCAACGCCUGUCGGCCCUAUCAGCUGGGCCUACUCCAAGAUGUGGCCAAUGAGACAUCCGGCAUCUGCGAUACGAGUGUGCUGCGCAAACGUGUCACAUCCUCCUAUGGACAGACGCUUCACUUGUCCUGCUUCGUCAAGAUGCCCGAUGUGCUGCGCAAGAAGCAGACACGCUGGUAUCAUCACUCCACGGAAAAGGGACGCUACGAGGUGCGCUACACCCCCACAAAAUAUAUUGAGACGAACGAGGGCGGUUUGGUACUUUUGGCGGUAAAUGAGGGCGACGGCGGACGAUAUGAUAGCUACUUGGAUGGCACACUUCUCUGCAGCUAUGGCGUUACUGUUGAUGCGCACAGAUGCUCGCCACCAUCACAGAAGCAGGACUAUCAGAAAAUCUACUCGCACUGGUGCAACGAGUUUGAGAAAUACAAAUCAGCCAUGAAGCAGUGGCAGGCCAAACAGGAGCAAUGCGGCCUCAAGGACAAGUCGGCGACAAGCAGCAGCAGCAGCAGCGGCAACGGCAAACAUGUCAACGAUGUAUUCAGCAAUGACGCUUUGGUCUGACCCAGAACCAGCAACAUCAGCGGAGUAAAGAAACAGCCAGGAGAUGAGUAGUAGUAGUAGCAGCAGCACCCAGAAAGCAGUGACAAGAGCCGAGCAAACCAACUACAAAGACUGACAUUUUUAAGCUUUUGAAAGACAAUAUUUCAAUAUGUU